UCUUCUCUUUCCCAAUCACCCAAAAUCCAAUCAUUUUACUUCUCUUCCACAUUUUUUAUAUUAUGGAGCUUUCCUUGUCUUUCCAGCGCUUCCUUCCAUUUCUGGCGGCCGUAGCUUUUGUGGCCUCGAUCUUGCCUGUUUAUGGGCAGGUGACUACACCGUGCACGGCUUCAAUGAUUUCGAGCUUCAGCCCUUGUAUGAAUUUCCUUACAAAUAGUACUGCGAAUGGCACCUCGCCAACCUCCGAUUGUUGCAAUGCACUCAAGUCACUUACAAGUAGUAGCAUGGACUGUGCCUGCCUCAUUGUAACCGGAAGUGUCCCAUUCCAGAUACCCAUCAACCGAAGCUUGGCCAUCUCUCUCCCCCGAGCUUGUAAUAUGCCUGGCGUCCCUGUUCAAUGCAAAGCCACUGGUGCACCUAUUCCUGCUCCAGGUCCUUCCUCAUUUGGAGCAUCUCCAGCUGCAAGUCCAACAGCAACUGUUGUUCCUGAGCCUACACCAUCUGCUACAGCACCAGAAUCAGACACAACACCAGUAUUAACUCCACCGUCUACAAAUGUGAAUCCUACCACCCCCACCGUAACUCCAGGGAGCCGCCCCGUUGUGACUCCACCAUCAUCAGCUUCCAUGCCCUCUUACAAUUUCUCACCAUUGCUUCUGCUAUUAGCAGUAGGAUUGUUGGUUUUGAAUUAUUACUAGGUCUCUGCCUUUGCAUCUCCAUUGUGUACUUAAAACAUUGAGAUAAAUUCUUUUGGUGUGUGGUUAUUGUUUUGGGCUUGUUCAAAUUCUAUAUUGGGAGAUUAUUUAUUAAAUAAGCUUGUAGUUUUGUUA